GCGAGCCGCCGCCGCCGGAGCCGCCUUCUUUCCUCCUCGGAUCCCGGGCCGCCAUGGCGACCCCCAACAACCUGACCCCCACCAACUGCAGCUGGUGGCCCAUCUCGGCGCUGGAGAGUGAUGCGGCCAAGCCGGCCGAGGCCCCCGACGCGCCCGAGGCGGCCAGCCCCGCCCAUUGGCCGCGGGAGAGCCUGGUCCUGUACCACUGGACGCAGUCCUUCAGCUCGCAGAAGGUGCGACUGGUGAUCGCGGAGAAGGGGCUGGUGUGUGAGGAGCGGGACGUGAGCCUGCCGCAGAGCGAGCACAAGGAGCCCUGGUUCAUGCGGCUCAACCUGGGCGAGGAGGUGCCGGUCGCCAUCCACCGGGACAACAUCAUCAGCGACUACGACCAGAUCAUCGACUACCUGGAGCGCACCUUCACGGGAGAGAACGUGGUGGCCCUGAUGCCCGAGGCGGGCAGCCCGCAGCACGCGCGGGUGCUGCAGUACCGGGAGCUGCUGGACGCGCUGCCCAUGGACGCCUACACGCACGGCUGCAUCCUGCACCCGGAGCUCACCACCGACUCCAUGAUCCCCAAGUACGCCACGGCCGAGAUCCGCAGACAUUUAGCCAACGCCACCACGGACCUCAUGAAACUGGACCAUGAGGAGGAGACCCAGCUCUCUGAGCCUUACCUUUCCAAACAGAAGAAGCUCAUGGCCAAGAUCCUGGAGCAUGAUGACGUGAGCUACCUGAAGAAGAUCCUCGGGGAGCUGGCCAUGGUGCUGGACCAGAUCGAGGCCGAGCUGGAGAAGAGGAAGCUGGAGAACGAGGGGCGGAAGGGCGAGCUGUGGCUCUGUGGCUGUGCCUUCACCCUUGCGGACGUGCUCCUGGGAGCCACCCUGCACCGCCUCAAGUUCCUGGGACUGUCCAAGAAGUACUGGGAGGACGGCAGCCGGCCCAACCUGCAGUCCUUCUUCGAGCGGGUCCAGAGACGCUUUGCCUUCCGGAAAGUCCUGGGCGACAUCCACACCACGCUGCUGUCGGCCGUCAUCCCCAACGCGUUCCGGCUGGUCAAGCGGAAACCCCCGUCGUUCUUCGGGGCGUCCUUCCUCAUGGGCUCCCUGGGCGGGAUGGGCUACUUCGCCUACUGGUACCUCAAGAAAAAAUACAUCUAGAGCCGGGCCGGGCUCGGCGCGUGACUGUCGGUGUCUCUGUGCUGUGUGAUUCCCAAUGACCUCCAGAAACCCGCUGUCCCGAGAGCUCUGGACAGCGCUUCCCGCCCUCGUUCUGAGUAACUCUGUCGUCGGUGUGAAAACAUUCCAUAGUUUAGAAGUAGCCGUCGCCUGUGCCGUGACCUGGGGCCACGGCUCCCUAGAGGAGAGAGACAGAAGCGACACGAAUGCCUUUUCUUUCGAUUCAAGGUCUCAAGACGGAACUGUGGGGCCCGGUUAGGAUCUGAGGUGAGUCCCAGGACGUGCCAGCCGACAGGGCCCAGGUUCUGGGAGGUGCGGGGGCUCCGAGAACCUGACCCCUGGCCUCCCUUCCCUCUUGCCAGGACAAAGCCAACACCGAGACUCGCCUCUGCCAACCAGCACCUGGGGCUGGCUGGGUUGGAGAGCCAGAGACCCCGAGGAGGCCCCUGAAGAUCAGAAGGGGCUUCCUUCUUCUCCUGGACAUGGACUAAGACAGCCCUGGCCAAGGCAGUGGCUCCCAGCCCUGGGCAUGGGGGGACAGACGCCGUGAGACCCUGGCUCCCCUCCUGAGGUGCCCUGUCUGGCGUUCAGUAGCGAUUCCUGAGGGCAGCAGCCGCCGGCCACUGCCGACCUUGAGUGGUUUUCCCAUCCCUUGAGGUGGGACUCUCAGCAAAAGCCAUGUUGACCUUCUCUCAGAAGGUCAGUCCCAGCUCAAGUGCAGGGGUGGGUCCUCUCCAUCUCCUUUAAAGUCCCCCUUUCCCACGAUUCCAGGGGCUCCCCGUGCUGCAUGCAGGGGGUCUGUGCCUCCACGCAGCCCCCUGGUCGGGUCUCACUUUCCUGUGCCUUUCGCAUGUUGGGAAAGGGCCUGGGUGUCACUGCUGCCUGUGCUUAGAAGCCACUGAAAGGCCCCAAUAAAGCGUC